CUAAUUGCGAUAUAUCAGACUCGACACCGGCCAUCUAACACAGGCAGCGACAGGAUGAGGAUGCUGAUCGGGCUGUUGGUGAUCGCCACCUGGACCGGGAUCACUAUUGCUGAACUGCCACCUGGUGUUCAGUCUUGUCCCCGCACCAACGACCUGGCACAAUAUGGCAGAUGCGUGUUGGAACAAUUAAAGGCGAUCACCCCAUAUUUAGCCAAUGGCAUCCCAUCCUUGAAGCUGCCCGCCUUGGAUCCGUUGUUUCUCCCUUCGUUGACUGUCGACCGAAACCUGGAAUCGUUGAAGAUCAAAGCGAACAUGACUAAAAUACGAGUGUACGGUGGGACGAAUUUCGUGAUCGACGAAUUGAAAGCGAAUCCCCAUGAUCUUUCGGUUCAACUCAAGGUUUCGCUGCCGCAUGUUCAUGUGAACGGCGAUUAUGACGUGCAGGGGAGACUCUUGUUGCUGCCUUUGAAUGGGGCUGGCAGUUUCAAGGGAAAUUUCACAAACACAGAGGCGUUGGUAAAUGCUCAAGGUAAAGAGGUGACCGACAAAAAUGGCGUCCAAAGGAUCGACAUCGAUAAACUAGUAACAAAAAUCCGCGUUGGUGAUGGAAAUAUCAAGUUGAAAGCUCCUCCAUCUCACAGUUUAGCUGCCGACGCAGCAGCCACCUUCUUCAACUCAAAUCCCCGUCUCGUUCUGGACAUCGCGAGCCCCAUAAUCGAGGACACAGCAGCAACUGUGAGCAGAGCCUUAGCUGCCAGAGCACUGGGUGUGCUCACCAAAGACGAAUUACUCCCCUAGUCCCUAAUUAUUUAGACCACCCAUCAAGCAACUGCUUCUAAGACUACAAAACAACGAGCUUACGUUGACUGAAACGAGCGAGUUUUGUUGAUCGUGAUACAUCGUCGAGUACAACUUAAUACGAUCGAUUAACGUACCGAUGCCAACCCACGAGUUGGUCAAAGCAAAAAAAGCACCGUGUC